ACAAGGCGUGCAACGACCCUGGGCAAGAUGGGUGUCUAUCGCGUCUGCGUGUCCACCGGGGCCUCGAUCUACGCGGGCUCCAAAAACAAAGUGGAGCUGUGGCUGGUUGGCCAGCACGGAGAGGUGGAGCUCGGGUCGUGCCUGCGGCCCACACGGAACAAGGAGGAGGAAUUCAAGGUGAACGUUUCCAAGUACCUGGGAUCGCUGCUGUUCGUGAGACUGCGCAAAAAACACUUUCUCAAGGAAGACGCCUGGUUCUGCAACUGGAUCUCCGUGCAGGCCCUCGGGGCCGCUGAGGACAAGUACUGGUUCCCGUGCUACCGCUGGGUGGUGGGCGACGGCGUCCAGAGCUUGCCAGUGGGCACUGGCUGCACCACGGUCGGGGAUCCGCAGGGCCUGUUCCAGAAACACAGAGAGCAGGAGCUGGAAGAGAGAAGGAAGCUGUACCAGUGGGGGAGCUGGAAGGAGGGGUUAAUCCUGAACGUGGCGGGGUCCAAGUUAACUGACCUCCCUGUGGAUGAGCGAUUUCUGGAGGACAAGAAAAUCGACUUCGAGGCUUCGCUGGCCUGGGGGCUGGCAGAGCUCGCUUUGAAGAACUCGCUCAAUAUUCUGGCUCCCUGGAAAACUCUCGAUGACUUCAAUAGGAUUUUCUGGUGCGGGCGGAGCAAGCUGGCGAGGCGGGUGCGGGACUCCUGGCAGGAGGACUCCUUGUUCGGGUACCAGUUUCUCAAUGGCGCCAACCCCAUGCUGCUGAGGCGCUCUGUCCAGCUUCCUGCCCGCCUGGUGUUCCCUCCGGGCAUGGAGGAGCUGCAGGCCCAGCUGGAGAAGGAGCUCAAGGCAGGCACGCUGUUUGAAGCCGACUUCGCCCUGCUGGAUAACAUCAAGGCCAACGUCAUCCUGUAUUGCCAGCAGUACCUGGCUGCCCCGCUGGUCAUGUUGAAACUGCAGCCCGAUGGGAAACUCAUGCCUAUGGUCAUCCAGCUCCAUUUGCCAAAAAUCGGAUCCUCCCCACCACCGCUUUUCCUGCCCACGGACCCCCCCAUGGUCUGGCUGCUGGCCAAAUGCUGGGUCCGUAGCUCUGACUUCCAGGUUCAUGAGCUGAAUUCUCAUCUUCUGAGGGGACACUUGAUGGCCGAGGUCUUCACGGUGGCCACCAUGAGAUGUCUUCCAUCCAUACAUCCUGUCUUCAAGCUGAUCGUCCCCCACCUGCGAUACACCUUGGAGAUCAACGUCCGCGCCAGGAACGGGCUGGUCUCUGACUUCGGCAUUUUUGACCAGAUAAUGAGCACGGGCGGCGGCGGCCACGUGCAGCUGCUCCAGCAAGCUGGAGCCUUCUUAACCUAUCGCUCCUUCUGUCCCCCUGACGAUCUGGCCGACCGGGGCCUGCUGGGAGUCGAGUCUUCCUUCUACGCUCAGGACGCGCUGCGGCUCUGGGAAAUCAUCUCCCGCUACGUGCAGGGAAUCAUGGGCCUCUACUACAAAACCGACGAGGCUGUGAGGGACGACCUGGAGCUGCAGAGCUGGUGCCGAGAGAUCACUGAAAUCGGGCUGCAAGGGGCCCAGAAGCAAGGGUUCCCCACCUCUUUACAGUCCGUGGCCCAGGCUUGCCACUUUGUCACCAUGUGCAUCUUCACCUGCACGGGCCAGCACUCCUCCAUCCACCUGGGCCAGUUGGACUGGUUCACGUGGGUCCCUAACGCGCCCUGCACCAUGCGGCUGCCCCCGCCGACCACCAAGGACGCGACGCUGGAGACGGUGAUGGCCACACUGCCCAACUUGCAUCAGUCUUCUCUCCAGAUGUCCAUCGUCUGGCAGCUAGGCAGGGACCAGCCCAUUAUGGUGCCUUUGGGCCAGCACCAGGAGGAGUACUUCUCGGGCCCUGAGCCCAGGGCUGUGCUGGAGAAGUUCAGGGAGGAACUGGCCAUCAUGGAUAAGGAAAUUGAGGUCCGGAAUGAAAAGCUGGACAUACCCUAUGAGUACCUGCGCCCCAGCAUUGUGGAGAACAGUGUGGCCAUUUGAGCUGCCUGCCCUGGCUGCCUCAGCCCCCUCACCCUUAGUAGUUGCUGGCCCACCCUCUCCCCCAAGCCCUGCCCUCUUCCCCAAGCCCCGCCCCUUUCCCCAAGCCCCAUCCUCUUUCCCCAAGCCCCGCCCUCUUCCCCAAGCCCCGCCCUCUUCCCCAAGCCCCACCCUCUUCCCCAAGCCCCGCCCUCUUUUCCCCACGCCCCACCCUCUUUCCCCAAGCCCCGCCCUCUUCCCAAAGCGCUGACCUAACGGGUCAUCUUUUUUGUCUGUGCCCCUGGUGAGCGCAGAGUACUCAGAAUAAUGUGUGAUCGCUCCCUCAGCCUUCUCCUUUGCAAUUUCCCUCCCUCCCUCGCUUCUUCCUGCAUCUUUCAGGCCUCCCAGAUAGCCAGUAGUAGCCACAUUGAUUCCAGCAAUUGUCAGGAUGGAAUCAGGUGACAGUAGCUCGCUCUGCACAUUUGUGAAUCAGCUGUGAUUUUUGAACCAAAAUUGAGUUUAACAACAACCAAGAGGUAUUUUAGACUAAUGGUGAAAAACGAACUUAGACCCAAGUAGCUUAAAUAAAAUGUUGGCAAAAGAAUCUAGAGAUCGAAAGCUGUUUGUUUCUCAGCUGAUUGGAUUUAACACACUUCCCGAAGUCAGACUCCGCCCAGCAGACCAUGGCCACUGAGGCUCAUCUCAGUUCAAGGCUCCCCUAGAAAACGGGAAACAGAGGCAACUUGGUUGAACUGAAGAAGCCGCUCCUGGCUGGAGAUAACUGGACUCAAGGCUUCUGCCACUUGCUUCUGCCACUUCUGCACUUCUUCCCACACCAGUUGGGAAGCUCCAGAUAAACAGAAUCGACUGGCAGAAUCCUAAAAACCUCACGAUUCUCUUAAUGAGAGCAACAAGGGAUUUGGUGAAAGUCCAAUGUCUGGUUAGAAUUUAGGAGAAAGCAGUCUGGGAGGGCUGAUAUACUCGAGGGUAAUCUGUGGGUUUUUCCCAACAGAAACCCAAGGUACACACACCAAAGUGCUUCUUGCUCCUGGUUUGAUUUAAUCCUCAGGAGACAUAUGGCUGAUGCUGGCUGGGAAGUGGGGGAGGAAUUUAAUGCUGGAAUCCAGGAGAAGCUGCAGAAGCAGGAGGGCAAGGUACCAUCCUUACCCAGAAACAAAGCAGUAAACGAGGAUGGGACUGGGCUAGGGAGGAGGGACCGGGAGAACCUUUUCAGAAAACCAGGAAAUUGGCUUUCACCUUUAGGGACCAGUUUCUGAAGGAUUUUCAGUAAGGAUAGAAGAGUUUGAAGUCAAACUCUCACACAGGCCCCUCCUUCUCUCUGGAGGCCACUCCCCCUUCUCCUUGGAGGCCACACCCUCUUCUCCUUGGGAGCCACACCCUCUUCUCCUUGGAGGCCACACCCUCUUCUCCUUGGGAGCCACUCCCCCUUCUCCUUGGAGGCCACACACUCUUCUCCUUGGGAGCCACACCUCAUUCUCAGUUCUUUGCUGGGAAAUUGUGCAGCUAACAGCUGCAGUGAGUGAUAGAGAAAACCUCAAAUCCUAUUGCUUCCUGGAAAUAAAUUUGUUGAGCCUCAGAUCUAUCACAAACAGGCUUGCAGAG